CGUAAAGUGGCUGAUUUAAACACUAAAAAAAAGGUAAAUAUUUGUUUAUGAAAAGACAAGAGUUGGUUUUAAUUUUGGGGAACAUCGGCUCGAGCGAAGAAGAGAGCUCUGCUCUUGUUCAGUCCGCUGAUUUAGCCGGGGAGUGUUGACGCAGACGCACACGACUUCAUACUCCCGACUACAUUAAGCCCUCCUUUCCAUUUGAGGUUUGGGUUUUUUUUUCAGAUAAUCUAUAUAAAUUAUUUAACUUUUAUCCAACAAAUGAGUUGUAAAGGGGAAAGUGACGAUGACGGUCGUACCAAACGGAAAGUUACCUACGUCUUCAGCCCAGAAUACAUUGAGACGUGCGACUCCUUAUCCAAAGUGCCUAACCGGGCGAGCAUGGUCCACUCGCUGAUAGAAGCCUAUGGACUGCUUGACCAUAUGAGUAUUGUGAAGCCUCACGUAGCCACCAUUGAGGAAAUGGCGAAGUUCCACACAGACGCCUACCUGGAGCACCUCCACAAGAUCAGUCAAGAUGGAGACAACGAUGACCCGCAGUCGACGGACUUUGGCUUGGGCUACGACUGUCCUAUAGUGGAGGGGAUAUUUGACUAUGCUGCGGCUGUAGGGGGCGCCACGCUGACAGCAGCCCAGUGUUUACUGGACAGGAAGUGCGAGGUGGCUAUCAACUGGGCCGGGGGAUGGCACCAUGCCAAGAAGUAA